GUUCGUCGAAGGUGGAUCGACGACUCCUCGAUCUUGGCGUCGGUUUUUCCAGACAAAUGACGUCCCUUUUAAUCGGGCGUCGUGACAAGUACGACGUAUCAGCUGAUAUCCCGGGGACCGGGAAACGUGAAAAAUCCUAGUGAAAAUCGCGAACCGUGAAACUUGGUGUUGAUUAAGCUUUCGGGAAAUUUCGGGACGCUGUCCCCCCCACCCCCCACCCACCACCCCCCCCCUCUCACUUGGAGCGAGUCGCGAAGGUGAGAGACAUCAUGUCUUCCUACAUUCGUGGCGGGACCAUGUGCCACUCCGAUGACAUAAUGGACGAUGAUACAGACAACAAAGACGGCACGAAGCGGAAGUCGCGGAAUCUGAGCGAGAAGAAACGACGGGAUCAAUUCAACAUACUGGUGAAUGAGCUUGGCGGCAUGAUCAGUACAAAUGCGACGAAAAUGGACAAAUCCACGGUGUUAAAGUCGACGAUAUCCUUCCUCAAGAACCAUAACGAAAUAGCAAUGAGGUCGAGGGUUCACGAAAUUCAGAAGGACUGGAAGCCGUCGUUUCUUUCAAACGAAGAAUUUACGCAUCUAAUUCUAGAGGCGUUGGACGGUUUUAUAAUGGUCCUGUCUUCCAACGGACGCAUAAUCUACGCAUCUCAAAGUGUGAUGUCGUUGCUUGGUUACCUUCCAAACGACCUUACCAACACCUCGAUUUACGACAUUGUCUACCAGGAUGACCAUGCCCUUCUCUACAACGUCCUCACGAAUCACACCGAAGCCCAUGACCAACGCGAGUGGAGCAAAGACAAUCAAGUACCAUUCGCGUGUCACAUAAAAAUCGAGGGACUCGAGUUUCGGGAAGAACCUGUUUACGAGCUCGUCCAAUUUGUCGGAUACUUCCGUUCGAAUCUAAACGUCAACUUUGAGACGAACAACUUCAUCCCGACCGGUCAUUUGGACGGAGUUUUAUGCGAUGACACAAAGUUCGUGCCUUCCGGUUACGCAUGUUAUCUAUCACAGCGAGAAUUGCUAAUAUUCGUGGGUACCGGGCACCUUCGAACGUCCCAAUUGAUUCGCGAAAUGUACAUCGUCGACAGUGCCAAGUCUGAAUUUACAUCGAGGCACAGUUUGGAGUGGAAGUUCCUUUUCCUUGAUCAUCGAGCCCCACCCAUCAUCGGCUAUUUGCCGAUUGAGGUCCUCGGCACCUCGGGAUACGAUUACUACCACGUGGACGACCUGGACAAGGUCGUCGAGUCCCACGAGACUUUAAUGCAGAAGGGUGAUGGCACAACGUGCCACUAUCGUUUUCUCACCAAAGGACAGCAAUGGAUUUGGCUUCGGACGAGGUACUACAUCAGUUACAAUCAGUGGAAUUCCAAACCGGAAUUCGUCAUUUGCACUCACAGCGUCGUCAACUACAUCGACGUGAUGAAAGAGUCGAGGAGAAAUUUUGGGAAUUUCGGCAAGUCUUACAGCCAAGAUGUCGACGUACCCGAAUCACCGACGAAUCACCAACAACCCCAAGUCGCAACGUUGUCCCUAAGUGGUUUCGCCCCCUCGCCGUCGUCCUCGAGGUCCUUGAAGACUUCUCGUUCGGUCGCGGCGACGCCACAUUCUCAAUAUCAGGGUGACCCGGGAUCGGACACGACGUCGAGGUCGGACGGAUCGCCGAGCUCGAGACACUCGCAUCAAAGCCCGCAGAGCUUAAGGCCCAAAGCUAACUCCCAGUCCACGGUGACGAUGCCGACGACGGUCCGGGAAGGAACUCCGGCUUUACAGCCAGGCGAAAUGAACCCCGCGUGCCUUGAAUUCGUCGGUCAGAAUCAGGUCGUAACGGCGAUUCCCGUUCAGCCGAUCAUCGCCGGAAGUCCCGCGGUCCCGACACUACCCAUCGGAAUUUCAACCCUGCAAAUACCGGAGAGCCUGAACCAGCAACAGAAUAUAGUAAUAACAUCGACACAGAAGCAGAUGCAGGAUGAGCUGCACAGAAAGCACGAGGAGCUUGAACAGCUGAUUGUUCACCAACAGGAAGUACUCACAAGAGCUUACGAGCAACUGUUGUUCUCCAGAUAUGGGAUCAAUUCCCCCUCGAUAAACGUUGGCAUGCCGUAUCCGGCUUCCUCGUGUCCUCAAACAACUCGGUGCGUCAGCGGCGCAGGCGCCGCAGAACAUCGUCCAAUGUCUGCGCCGGGAGUUCAAGACGCCAGCGUAUUUCCGGUAUCGAUGCCAUUGUCGGUCUCCGUCGUUCCGUCGGAACUUUUCGUCCAUCCACUUGUCGUUAGUCCGGUACCUACAGUGACCCAGGUUACACCCUCCCAAUUCGGCGUGACAAGGGUCGCGCCCGUUCACCAAACUGGCAACCUUCCGAGCACGUCUCAACACUACCACCAUCAACAGCAUCACCCUUACAAUCAUCAUCAUCAGCAGCAGCAACAGCAGCAACAACAACAGCAGCAGCAGCAACAGCAACAGCACCAGCAACAGCAACAGCAACAGCAACAGCAACAGUAACAGUAACAGCAACAGUCCGACGGCCAAUCUCCUGCACCGGUACCAUCCAAGGAAAGGACAUCCACGGUUUCUGAACUGAUACCAUUCCAGGUUGGUCAGCGUUCGGGAAUGCUCUUUUCCCACAUCGGAUCAUCCGGUAGCAAUCAGUAUGUUGGCCAUAUUGAUCACCGAUUAAUCAGUGAUCAGCGGCUACGUUAAGACUGUAUCAUGUUGAUGGAUUCCGCUUGUCAAAAAAUUUAUGCAGUAUCGCUACAGUGUAGUUUGAUCGCUGAGGUCAACGUGUAGUGGCACCUUUAUUUUUCUCUCGUGAGAACUGUGUAAUGUACCGCUGGGUUAAAUCAAAUUUUUUGUGUGAUGAGAAAGCAUACCGAGACGUUCUCUUGAAAGGACUUGCUCGACCAUUGCAACUCGUCUGGUUAAUAGGCGUGGCCAACUUCGUAAAAAUGUUACUAGUAUGGUAGGUUACUAGCUGAGAGACCGAUGCGUGAUGGAUUGCGGUAGCGCUGUUCUCACUAGGUGAGAGGUUACGGUUGACUGUCACUUUUCGACAGACUUAUUCUAGGAAAUUUAUUCAUGUCGGUGAAAAUUUGCUUUCGGUUUCGAAAAUUAAUGUCAGCCAAUCAAAAUUAAGCAAGUUGAAGUUUGUGCGCUACGAGCAGCAAGUCCUUUCAAGAGAAUUUCUCCAAGGAUUCGUCUUUCGGAAAUAAGCGUAACGUACACACUCAGAAAUAUUCAUGACAUUUAAUAUGUUAUAUAUAUGGCUAUAAAACGUGUAGUAACCUUACCUGAACGGACCUAAGACACAUACUAUACUAUAUACAUUAUACGUCCAUAGUACGAAUGACAAUAUUAUAGUAGCUCAUGUGUAAACUUUAAUUUUAACUAUAUUCAUAAUAAGAAUAGUUAUUGGAACUACAGCAUUUUAGAUCUUUUUUUGUUUUUGAUAUUCUUCAUUCUAUUUUUUUCCAUUUCUUCUCAGUUUACAAGAGAGGAAAAGGAGGAUAAUUACAUUAUUUAUAUGGUGGGAUAGGUAUGAGAAAAAAAAUUAGGCAUGAAUUAAGAUCAACAUUCUGCUAAGUAACCAAACUUAUACAUUUGUUUAUGUAGUUUGCCGACUGCACAUGAUUAUGAAGACAUAGGGAAACGAAAUUUGGAAAAUCGUGCAAAUGUUCAAAUUCGAUGAUUAGAUUUAACGUCACAAUAAAGUUUGAAAUCCAUUGCUGCAAGUGACUCGAAAUUUUACAAAAUUUCCUGCAGCCAAGUUGAACAGAACUUAAAAAAAAAAUAAAACGUAAUUACAAAGCUGACAGUUGGAGCAAUUUUAAAAAUAAUGCACUCAGCUUGAUUUACGAAGACAAUUAACCGAUCGUGGCACAUUACUCGGACCGAAUCUUAGGUGCGUAUUUAUUUUAACUCUUCAGACUGUUGGUAUUACAGCCUUGAUUUAAUAUUGGUCUAUUUCACGCUCGUGGGUGUAAUUUUAUGUACCGCGUUACAAUACAUAUAUUUAUAUAGUGUUUAUAUAAUGCUAGAAGAGAGAGAGAGAGAGAUAAUAAGAGAGACAUAUUGCGGAAAAAUCCCGUGACGCCGUUGGCAAUAAAGAGUCUUCGAUUCAUCAAUAGAAGAAUCAGCCAAAUUACAAGCUAAAAAGAAAGAAUUAAAAAUCGAACAAAAUAAAUACAUAAAUAAAUAAUCAUAUGGCGAAAUGAAUCAUAACAUAGAUUUUAACCUUAAAAGGAUGUAAUGAAAACUUGAGAUAUCGAAGGAGUGUAAACGGUAUGAAUACGUGAAUCGUACGUGUAAUUAAAGAUUAAAAAAAGGUGAACCCGGGACAAAUAAAACUUAUCGCUUUCAGGGGCAUUUACUUACUUACUUAAGGGCAAAUUUAAAACCGAUAUGACAUAAAGAUUACCUCUUACGUCGUGGAGAAAUCGAUAAUCCAGAUGUACGGUAGAAAUACCGUAUUAAAUAAGUGAUAUCGGCUUAUCGAGAGUAUAACGACAAUAUACUGUGUACGAAAAAGUCGCUCAAAAUUGAUAAUUUUUUAUUAUCAGGUAAACGCCGAUAAAAAAUAUCAGCUCAAUUAUAAUAUUAUUAUUAUUAUUAU